UCUAAAAAUCUAUCCCAGUUCCUCGUCUCCCUCAUCUUGAGAAAGUCCACGUCAUCCAUUAACAAACUUUGAUGGAAGCGGGAACUGUUCUCACUCCCACUCUCACUCCUCGAUUGCACACUCGCGUUCCCUUUAACACUUCCAAUUCAAAUACCUUAUUUCAACCGCGCUUCACUCUUUCGUCUCAUUCUCCUUCUCCUUUAUCAUCUUCCUUUUCCGCUUCCAGUUACAGAGGCCCCACACCAAAACGCGAUUUCCUCGCCGAUUGGGUUUCCCAAAACGACGACGUCGUCCGCACCCUCCCAAUCUAUGUCGGCUCGGCUUCCCUCUUCGCCGUCCUCCUCAACCGCGCCCUCUCCGGCAUCGCCCCAGUCGCCGACGCCGGCAGUUCGCAGUCCAGAGCUGACCUGUUGACUUUGGGAUUGGCCGUUACCAAUAUUUUGACUGGCCUCGUUUGGCUUUCGAUAAGGCCUAAGUCUAUAAAUGUGGUAAAUCCUCGAGGAGUUGAAUGCAAGAGAUUUUGCACUACACUUCCUGAAGUUGCGUUUAAUGAGUUGCUUUGGGUGUGGGAAUCUCUGUCAGAUGCCACUUGUUGUCGUUCGCUUGUUGUUGUUUAUGAGAGAAGUUGUGUACUCCAAAUAGGUUUUGCUGCAGAUUCUUCUUCUGGGAAUGGUGAGGCUGUAAGUGUGGAUGCCAAUAAAUUGAUGCAAGGAUCAGUAUACCAGGGAGUUAUGAAAUCUGGUGCUCAGAGUUACUUGGCAAAUUUAUCUCUUUAUCCUGGAAAAUCUGAGCUGCCAUUUCUACCUUUAAAUACUCAGGCAGUAAUUUUACAGCCACUUGGAGAUAAAGGAAUUGCAAUUAUCGGUGGUGACACGAUACGAGGUUACACUGCUUCUGAUCAGGCAUGGAUCACUUAUAUUGGAGAGAAGCUGGAUUCUACCCUUGCAAAAUAUGUGAAACAUCACCCUCUGGCUUCCCAAGGUUAAGUUUCAAAGACUUGCGAGGUGGCCUCUCGUGCAUGUUUUUACUCGAUUUUAAUGGAAAUAAAUCCUCGACCUUUUGCCGAGUUUUUUAGGAUAAGAGGCUCAUAUUGAUCGCAUGUAUAUGUUAUCCAUUUUUCAAGGCAGUGUUCAGAUUAUUAGUCAGACUAGUUGAAAGUUGGUAACUAAUUGUAUAAUAAGCGCAUUUCUGAUAUUUUCAUUUGCAAACAUUCAACGCCAGUCUCCCAUGUCCUUCCCUCAGAGAUAUAUAAUUAAUUCUGGUUUGGCUUUACCACAAUUAAGUAGAAGACCUUUUUCCA